GCGUGGGAGUGUGUGGGGAUUGUAAGGAGGAUAAUAACACGUGGAAAAAGGCAAAUUAAAAAAUAAAAAGCCGGGCCCCAACUCCUCACCACCCGGCAAGUCUUAACUCGCGAAGCUGGGGAGGCGUCAGAAGCGCGCUUCCCGGCUCGCGCCUCCCGCCCCAGGGGCUUAAAUCAGUAGAGGCGGGAAGGGGCGGGGCCGGGGGCGGGGCCUAAAGCGGCGAGUGCGGCGGCCGCCACGACCCAGACAUCUGGGAGUGUUGUUGUUCACUCGCGGCGGGACCUCCUCAGUCCGUUUGCCCAGAGAGACCAGGACCUGGCCUAGUGGGGGAGUCAGCAGGCACGUCCCCCACUCUCCUGCUUCCCCGAAGCCGCGGCAGGAGCUGGUACAAACGCCCUGCGGUUGGUCUCCGAUGCCCUUCAGUGAGGAGGGGGCGUCGGGACCCUGGUGAGCGCACGUCUAGCCCCUCCGGCCCUGUGUCUUCGCCCGCCCCCCAGGCUCGCACACCGCAUUCUGGCUGCCAUGGCUGAAAACGCAGAGGGGGACCUGAACUCCAAUGUGCUCCACGCCCCCUACCACACCGGAGACCCUCAGCUAGACACCGCCAUCGGGCAGUGGCUCCGUUGGGACAAGAAUCCCAAAACAAAAGAACAAAUUGAAAAUCUGUUACGGAAUGGGAUGAACAAGGAGCUGCGAGAUCGUCUUUGUUGCCGAAUGACUUUUGGGACUGCAGGACUUCGUUCUGCAAUGGGGGCAGGAUUUUGCUAUAUUAAUGACCUUACAGUAAUACAGUCAACACAGCCAUAUGCAGUCCAGGAGCUCAAAGCAGUUGCAGGUGUAAUGAUUACUGCAUCUCACAACCGCAAAGAAGACAAUGGAUACAAGGUUUAUUGGGAAAAUGGUGCUCAGAUCACAUCUCCUCAUGAUAAAGAAAUUCUGAAAUGUAUAGAAGAGUGUGUGGAACCCUGGAAUGGUUCCUGGAAUGAUAAUUUAGUGAAUACCAGCCCACUGAAGAGAGAUCCUCUGCAGGACAUUUGUAGAAGAUACAUGGAAGAUCUGCAAAAGAUCUGUUUUCACAGGGAAUUAAACUCAAAGACCACCUUGAAGUUUGUACAUACAUCUUUUCAUGGAGUUGGACAUGACUAUGUGCAGUUGGCUUUUCAAGUAUUUGGUUUUAAGCCUCCAAUUCCAGUACCAGAACAAAAAGAUCCUGAUCCAGACUUUUCUACUGUUAAAUGCCCGAAUCCUGAAGAAGGAGAAUCUGUGCUGGAAUUAUCUUUGAGACUGGCAGAGAAAGAAAGUGCCCGGAUAGUACUAGCCACAGAUCCUGAUGCAGACCGACUGGCAGUGGCAGAACUUCAGGAGAAUGGUGAUUGGAAAGUUUUCACAGGGAAUGAGUUGGCAGCUUUAUUUGGGUGGUGGAUGUUUGAUUGCUGGAAGAAAAAUAAAUCAAAAAACGCUGAUGUGAAGGAUGUUUAUAUGUUAGCCACCACAGUCUCCUCCAAAAUUUUGAAGGCAAUUGCUCUUAAAGAAGGAUUUCAUUUUGAAGAAACAUUACCAGGUUUUAAAUGGAUUGGAAGUAGGAUAAAAGACCUCCUGGAAGAUGGGAAAGAAGUUCUUUUUUCAUUUGAAGAGUCUAUUGGUUUUCUGUGUGGAACUUCAGUUUUGGAUAAAGAUGGGGUGAGUGCAGCCGCCGUUGUUGCCGAGAUGGCAUCUUACUUGGAAACCAUGGAUAUAACGUUGAAACAACAACUGAUUAAGGUUUAUGAAAAAUAUGGUUAUCAUAUUUCAAAAACUUCAUAUUUCUUGUGUUAUGAUCCAACUACCAUCAAAAGUAUAUUUGAAAGGCUUCGCAAUUUUGAUUCUCCAAAAGAGUACCCCAAAUUUUGUGGGACAUUUCCUAUACUGCAUGUACGAGAUGUUACCACUGGAUAUGACAGCAGCCAGCCUAAUAAGAAAUCAGUGCUGCCUAUGAGUAAAAACAGCCAAAUGAUUACAUUUACUUUUCAAAACGGCUGUGUUGCUACUCUUCGGACAAGUGGGACAGAACCAAAGAUAAAGUAUUAUACAGAGAUGUGUGCAUCACCUGAGCAGAGUGACACUGCCUUACUAGAAGAGGAAUUGAAGAAACUCAUUGAUGCUUUGAUUGAGCAUUUUCUUGAGCCCAGUAAGAAUGGCCUGACCUGGCGUUCUGUUUAGUGUACACCAGCACACUCAUUAAUUUUCCCUGGCAUAUGGAACAGAACAACCAAGAACUCCACACAUUGAACUUGUGUUAGCAUUCUCUCUCUGUCUCAUCUGGCCGAGUCUGUUUGGUUUUAUUUUCUUUUAGGUUGCUGACUAAACAAACUGUAUAAAUUUGAAAUGAAAUGGUCUGGAGAGAAAUGUUUCAAAUUUGUUCAUAAUCUUGAACAAAAGUCAUUACAUUAAAAGUAUUAUGGUAAUACAUCAUUCUUCCUCCAACAGAAACAAAACAAUACUGAUGUGAGUUUUCUUAGGAAAGUGUGAUUAAGCUUAUUUAGUUCCAUAUUCUUGUAAUUGUGUGUUGCAUGGUUUUUUUUUUUAGAGAGAUAAAUGUAGAAUUAGUUAAGGAAAUUAAUCUAUAAAAUUGGCACUGCUCCCAGAAAACUGUGGAAAAGUAUCAUAGUUAUAUCUAACUUACAAAUUAGAGUAUUUGAAGUAGGGUAUUUAACAUUUCUAGUGUAGAACAGAUGUUACAAUAUAUGGUUUCAGCACCUCUGUUUCAGGUGCUCUUGGUGCAGUGUAAAGUUAUUGUAUUUAGUUUAAGUCCUGAUAUUUACUGAACAUAAAACAAUAGUGGCAACACUCCUAGUGGCUUGGUUUUUGUCAAAUUUCUCAGUGCCUUCUCAGGGUAUGGUUUGAAUUGAAAUAGUGUUCUUGCAUUGAAUGUAAUUUAUCAUUUAAUUUGCAAAUAGUUUCCCUUCCACAUCAAAUAGGUUUGUUGAUUUUAAAAUCUUACGUAUGUGCACCAAAAUCUUAAAAGCAGGGUCAGUGUGCCUGUAGUUAAGGAUAUUCAUAUUAGAAUUGUGUCAGUUUUCACAGCCUUCAAAGAAAACAUCUGAACUGAGAUAGGAGCUGUGAAUUUAUUUAAAAGUAGAACUUUUAAAUUACAUUUUUAUAUUUCUUUAUCACAUGAAAUAAUGCUAAUUUUACUAAGAAAUAAAACAUCCAGAUUUAAGAUAUUAUGCAACACUAAAACUACAUGUUUUAAAACUAAAGUCCAGUUUAUCUUAACAUCUUGCUGACUUCUGUGGAAUUUCUGAUCACAAGAGUACUAUUUAUCUUUUUCAGUGUGGAAAAAAUUUUUGGAAAAUCGAUUUUGCUUGAUUCUGUAGUCUUCUUAAAAAAAAAAGGUUAAUAGAGAAGCACUGUUUAAUCUUCUUAAAGCAUACCCUGCCCUAUAGCUAACAGAGUACUUAAACAUAUGUGGUGAACAGUUAAGAGAUAACAACAGCAAGGCCUUAGAUGUACGUAAUCAUACUAAACAAAUUGCCUACGAGAGGUAACUAGUAUUAGAGAAUUUAUUUCCUAAAUAAUAAUAAUAAUAUAAAAUUUGAGCUGACUAGAAUAUUUAUUAAAUCAUAGUUUGGCUUACUGCAGCUAUUGGCUAACAUUUGGUUAAACCCAGAUAAUCUGAAUAUAAUUUUCAAAUUAUUGUAUUGCCACUAUUGUUAAUUUGUUCCUUCCUUGCUUUCUUAUUGCUAAAUCUUGUAUGACUAUACAUAAUAUGCAGCUAAAUGUAGAGAACCAUAUUUCUGAUUGAGUUUGUUUUCAAAGGCUUUGCACUGAAAAAGAAAUGUGUAGAUUGUUUUUCUUUAUUUGCUUUUAGGAAUGUAGACUGUAAUUUAGGAAAUGACCUAUAUUCUACAAAGUGGUAUGAACAAUGCUUAUAUAUAUGAAAAAUAUGUAUAUUCGGUUUUAGUAUCUGUGUUUCAGUGACUGAAGAACAAAGUGGAGCUAAAAUGAUACAAUAGCUGACUCAUAAUCACUAAAGCCAUGUCAUACUGUCAUUCUAUUAUAAAGAGAACAGUUUUUAGUGCUUUAAUAUAAAGCAGCACUUAGGUCAUGUUAAUCACAGAGAAAAGUCAUUAAGGUUUGGAUUCUUAUCUCAAAAAUUUUAAAAUCCCAAGUUAAAAUUAACAAAACUUUACAGAUGUUCCUAAAGUGUAUAUAAGAGAAUUCUUUGAUUCUAGCCAAGCUCUUGAGUCUGUCUGAGCAUAUUUAACAAGAACUUGACACAGUGGGUGUACGCUUGCCUAGCAGGGUAAAUUUAGUAGCCCACACCAUCCAGGAGAAACAGAAGUGCUGACCAGUAGAUCUCAGCCUUAGACUCUACACUGUUUAUCUUUUUCUUUAUGAAUAAUAUCAUGGAAAUGAAUGCAUUCUCUUUCAGUGUGUAGAUCAAAACUGGGAUUUUCUAGAGAGGUGGACAUAGUUCAGUGGUAGACUGCAUGCUUAGCAUGCAUAAGGUCCUGGGUUCAAUCCCCAUACCUCCAUGAAAAAAAAUUUUUUUUAAACUGGGAUUUUCUAGAACUUUGGGAAAAGGAAAGAAUUAGUAGGGCAAGAUCAAAGCAUAUAUUGGAAAUAAACAGAAUAAACAGUAGAAAUAAACAAACAAUAGAAAGGUCAGUACAGCAGCACAAGGCAUGCUUCGUGUGAAGGGCAAACUUAACACCCAAAAGUAGGGAAUGGACUGGCUGUGGGCAAGUUGUUUACUUUUGUUUAUGUGUUAUUAUGAUGAACAGAUAGUGAUGAUUUAUUAGUGACCACUAAAAAGAGGCCAAGGAGGCCUUUGAGGAGGUGAGAAAAAGUACCCCCUUACUGAUUUAGUUCCUGCUAGGAUGCUGUGUUUUAGGAUCCAGUGGGAACAGGGGAGAGGAGAAUAUAGCAGAACUAAAAAGGAAUAAAAUGUAGAUUGGAAAAUAAGACUGCUGAAAGAAAGUUCAAAGGAUUAAGAUCAUUUAACUCUGGAGGGGAGAAAGCUAUUGAGAUAGUUUAAUAAGUCUUGAGUUAUUAAUCUUUUAUUGAAGGACUCAAAGUAAGAAGUAAUAUGACAAACUGUUCUCCAACGAGGACAGAAUAAGAGGUAAUAGAGACUUUUUAAAAAAAAUUAAAUUAAAAAAUUUAAUAUUAAGGGAUAUACUAAAUGGCUUUUCAAGUUUCCUUCCAAUACUUUUUUUUUUUAAUCUCAGGUUGGAACAAAGAUGAUAUCAUAAAGAGCACUGAAAGUAACAUUUAAGUUUCACUCCAUGUCUAGAAGCGUUUAGCUCACAAGACAGUUCUUGUAUAUAUUGAGUAGUAGAUGCGUGAAUGCAGCCUUUAUUCACUGUAUAAAGACCUGCUCAAUUUAAUCUGGCAAACUAAGUGACACUUGAACACAGUUUUGUUUAUCGUGAAGAAUGUAUACUAUUAUAGGAUAUUUGAGGAUUUUGUUUUAAAUAUAAAUUAUUGUUAUUUGGAUAUCAUAACUUCAGCUGACAGAAAGAUUCUAAGAGGUUGGAUGCUUUGGAAUAUCUUUACAUAGAGAAUAGACCUCCCAUUUCUUAAGCACGUUGCUUCUGGAAUUGAUGCAACAAAGGUAUUAGCUGGAGUUUAAUGGAGAAAUUGUUCUACGAACUGCUGCUAUUGGUAUUUCUCUCACCAUGUUUUCCACUGAUGUUUGUGAUGCUUGAAAAAUCCAAAUUCUGCUUGGAUAAAUUUGUUUUAUGCCUUUUUCUCUCUACCUCCCUCUUUCCCUAGGUGCCCUUCUACAUUUUGUUACUGUGAAAAGCUAUUGCCCUAUUACCUCACUGAUAAGAAAUCUUAACUGUAUUCAUUCAGAAUGCUUUAAACUUAUUCCUAAGCUGUUUUGUUUAUGGACUUUUGGUUAUUUUGUUUUUACUGUGAGAAUAUUUAAGACAUUGUAAGAAGUAAUUUUAAAUCUGUUGCAUAAACUUUUUUCAGUCUGUCCGGAUAUUGCUAUAUAUUAACUUAUUAUGGCCUUUUACAAUUCACUUGUUUUCUGAGAUCACUCUAGAAACUGAUGAAGAAAGAGUCAUGCUAACCAAAAGGAAUGGUCAAUUGAUCUAGCAUUUUAUUUCAGAUUUUCUUGUACUUUGGGCAUCCAAAGCACAAGAUCUGAGGAAAUCCUUUUUCACAUCUGUCCCUCAAAGCAUUUUGCCGUAAGAAGUCUAAGUGGAAAGAAGAGAUUCUUUCAUUGUCUGACUCUUUACACAAACUGACAAAAACAAAGUUAUUGUUUACCAUUGGUUACUUGAAAGUAUUCACCAUACUGUUACAUUCAUUAGGAUAUCUCUUCUCUCGGUUAAUUCAAGACUGUGUACCUAAAAAAGAGAACAUACAAAAAUGAGUAAAGUGACCAAGAUAAGGGCAAAGUGACAUAUCUAAAGUUUGCUUCUCGAAUGUUUCCACCAGCAUAAUCCUAAAGCAGAGGAGCAGGAAUGUUUGGGGGAAGGGGCCUCAGAGCAAAAUCAAAAGCAGCCUGCCACUCGUGAAAUUUCCUGUCCUGUCUUAAAAAUGUAAGUGAAUUUUGCGUUCUCCAUAAUAAAACUGUUUUAAUAUAAAAAUGCUUCCUUCAGUCUUCAUGGAAACUAGUGCUGCCAGAAAGAGGCACCGUGUUUAUCACGUGGGCUCUCAGUUUUCUCCCCGAGCACCCCCCCAAAAGUUGCUGCGUAUCCCUAGGGGUAUACACACUGACCGAUCCUAGUGUGAGAAAUAUAAGCAUAGAACAUAUCUAGGACUUUUCUCUGUCCUUUAGAAUCUGACCUUUGAAAGUACUAAUGCCAAAUUAAAGCGACCUGAAUCAGUUAUGUUACCACCAAACCUUGUAAUAUAAUCGGAUGUGUUGGCCAGUUUUGCUCUCUUUAAUUCAUUGGCAUCCCUUAACUAAUAAUAAGCACCCUACUGUCAGUUCCGUGAGAGCAGGGAUCAUGGUUUAUUAUUUUUUAUAUCCACAGCACCUAGUGUGGUACGUGUUAUAGAGUGCUUAGUUGGUGAUGAGAGGAAUUAUGGGAUUUUAUUUUAAGGAAGUAAAUAGUUUAAGAAACAAUCAAAAAAGGUUAAUUUUCUGAUUCAGCUUUUAAAAAAAUAAUUCUCAGUACUGAAAUUUGUAAUUAGUAAUGUUAAUUAAGCACACACACCCAUAAAUACUCUGUUCCUUUGGGGAGAGCAGAGCAUGUUCCUAUUUGGAAAUUGUAUGAAAUGCCUAGUAUUUUACACUCAAAGCAAGAUGUUGGCCAAGAUGGCUAAGAAAGUAUCUCUAGACUUAAUAUCACUAAUAUUAGUGCCAUUAUGAGCCUACUAGUGCUGUCUUCCAAGUGAGUCACAACUAAUUUGAUGCUAUUUGGUAUAUUUUUGUCCAGUAUUAUGAUUCAUCACGUAUCUUACAAGAGCCAGUCAAACAAGAGCUGUGUCUAUAUAUGAUGAGACCUUGUGUUAUAGGCUAAAAUAAACUCUUUGUAUACAUCAUUGAAUAUGCCAGAUAAAAAUAUAUGCAGUUAAGAAUUAUUUUUCUGUAUAGCAGUAGCUCACAAUUGUGCUCUUGUUUUAAUAGUUUCUGUCAGCAUCUUAUUUUUCCCUACAAAACCACCAAGGUGUAUCAUAAGUACUGCCUAUGAGAAUUUGCACUUUAGGUAUCUUGUGUGUGUGGUUUUCUUGUGGUUUUAGCCAAAUGAAGUGUUAUCAGUAAUAAACAGGUCUCUUCAUAGGCAA